CCUAAAACCCUAAAAACAAAAACACACACAAAAACAAGCACACAUGAAUUACAGAUUCCAAAAUCUACUAGGAGCACCAUACAGGGGUGGAAACGUCGUCGUUUCAAACAACACCCAUUUAAUUUCCGCAACAGGAAGUCGUGUUUCAGUAACAAACUUAAUCAAAUCCGAAACGACAACGUUUCCUUUUCAAUCAUCAUCAAACAUAUCCCGACUCGCCGUCUCACCUGACGGCUUGUUCCUCGUAACAAUUGACGACAAUUCACGUUGUCAGUUGAUCAAUGUCGCACGCAGAGUUGUCCUGCACAGGAUCACUUUCAAGAAACCUGUUUCUUGUUUGGAAUUUAGUCCCGAUGGCAAGUAUAUCGGUGUCGGGUUAGGGAAAUUGGUUCAGAUUUGGCGGUCACCGGGUUUUAGUAAGUCGGUUUUUCCUUUUGAGUUGGUUAAAACUUUUGCUAAUUGUAAUGAUAAAGUUACUUGUAUUGAUUGGAAUUAUGAUAUUGAUGAAUGUUGUUAUUAUUUGCUUGUUGGGUCUAAGGAUUUGACCGUUAGAUUGUUACGUUUUAAUGAGAAAACGCGGUUUAAGAAGGCGGAUGAUACGGGUAACGAAAAGGGUGAAAAGGGUAAUAAGCCGUUUAUGUUUUUAGGACAUAGAGAUGUGAUAGUUGGAGCGUUUUUUGGCGUCGAACCAACUAGUAAGAAGGUUAAAAAGGUGUAUACUUUAUCACGUGAUGGUGCGAUAUUUGUGUGGGAGUACAAAGGUGGGAUAAGAGAAAUGGGUGAGCCGGACUCGCCAGGGACUCCGGGAAGGGAUAUGGAGGUUGACGACGUGAGUGUUGGGGGUGGGAAUGUGAGAAAACGGAAGAGUUUGGAUGGUGAGGGAGGUAUGGAAAAAGGGAAAUGGGAAUUGGUAAAGAAGGAUUAUUUUAUGCAAGCGCCGGCAAAGUUGUCGACUUGUGAUUAUCAUAAGGGAUUAGAGAUGGUCGUUGUGGGGUUUUCGAGCGGGGUGUUUGGGUUGUAUCAGAUGCCGGAUUUUGUUUGUAUACAUUUGUUGUCGAUAUCUAGAGAGAAGAUAACUACGGCUACUUUUAAUGAUCUUGGGAAUUGGUUGACGUUUGGGUGUGCAAAACUUGGGCAACUGCUUGUUUGGGAGUGGAAGUCGGAAAGUUAUAUAUUGAAGCAACAGGGUCAUUAUUUUGAUGUUAAUACCAUUGCAUAUUCGCCAGAUUCCCAACUCUUAGCUACUGGUGCUGAUGAUAAUAAAAUUAAGGUAUGGACUGUAUCGUCGGGAUUCUGUUUUGUGACAUUCUCUGAGCAUACAAAUGCAGUUACUGCAUUGCAUUUUAUGGCUAGCAACCACUGUUUACUAAGUGCAUCCCUAGAUGGAACUGUUCGUGCAUGGGAUCUGUUUCGUUAUCGUAAUUUUAGAACUUUCACCACCCCUUCUUCUAGACAGUUUGUUUCCUUAGCGGCGGAUCAAAGUGGAGUGAUUUGUGCUGGAACGCUCGAUUCAUUUGAGAUCUUUGUCUGGUCUAUGAAGACGGGUCGAUUGUUGGAUGUUCUUAGUGGUCAUGAAGGUCCAGUUCAUGGAUUGAUGUUUUCUCCUACAACUGCAAUUCUUGCUUCAUCUUCAUGGGACAAAACUGUUCGGUUGUGGGAUGUGUUUGAUGGAAAAGGUUCUGUAGAAGCAUUUCCUCACACCCAUGAUGUUCUUACAGUCGUUUAUCGUCCAGAUGGUAAGCAAUUGGCUAGUAGCACAUUGGAUGGUCAAAUUCAUUUCUGGGAUCCAAUUGAUGGCUUGUUAAUGUACACCAUUGAGGGGCGUCGAGACAUUGCUGGAGGACGCUUGAUGACUGAUCGUAGGACAGCAGCCAACUCUUCAUCUGGCAAAUUCUUUACGACUUUGUCUUAUUCUGCUGAUGGCAAUUACAUAUUAGCUGGAGGAAGUAGUAGAUAUAUCUGUAUGUAUGAUGUUGCUGAUCAGGUAUUGCUGCGCAGAUUUCAGAUAACCCUCAACAUGUCUUUGGAUGGAGUUCUUGAUGUUUUGAAUUCCAAGAAUAUGACUGAUGCUGGUCCUUUGAAUCUAAUUGAUGAUUAUGAUAGUGAUAUAGAUGAUGGUAUUGAUAAACAAACACGAGUUAAGUCGAGUUAUGAUCUGCCAGGAGCGGUGGCUAACCGUGGAAGGCCUAUAGUUAGAACCAAGUGCAUAAGAAUUGCACCUACCGGGCGAAGCUGGUCAGCUGCAACAACAGAAGGGGUUUUGGUUUACUCAAUGGAUGAUAAUUUUAUAUUUGAUCCCACAGAUCUUGACAUAGAUGUUACGCCAGAGGCAGUUGAUGCAGCGCUUGAUGAAGAUCAAUCGAGCAGAGCUUUAAUCUUAAGUUUACGCUUAAACGAUGACGGUUUAAUCAAAAAGUGUAUCAUUGCUGUUCCUCCAGUGGACAUAAAGCCUGUAGUUGCGUCAGUCCCUUUCAAAUAUCUAAAUAGAUUGAUUCAGGCUUUUGCUGAGCUUUUGGAAAAUUGCCCCCAUUUGGAAUUUAUUCUUCGAUGGUGUCAGGAGCUUUCCAAAUGCCAUGGUCACUCGAUUCAGCAAAACUCGCGGAAUCUGCUACCUUCUCUCAAAUCAUUGCAGAAGGCAAUUACAAGGUUACAUCAAGAUUUAGGCGACACAUGUUCUUCGAAUGAGUAUAUGCUUCGAUAUCUAUGCUCCACAAGCUCCAAGCCAUGAUAACUUAUCUACAACGUAUGUUAUAGUAUUUGGGAAGAUUGCCAAAGAGUUGGCUCGUUACAUUUGAGAUGUCAAUUUUUGUUAGUAAUGUGUGUAGGUUAUUACUAUAAAUACAGUAGUAAUUAAGGCAGGAUUUUGUUGGUUUUUCCAUAAACUACGCCAGGGCCUAUUUGUUACAAACAUUCUUAGAUCAUCUUCAUCUAUAGUUUAAAGUUCUAUGUUGUAAGCAUUUUUCCUAUUUAUCACAAAUUAACGCUUGCUGUGAA